ACCUUUCGCGUUGUAGUGCUGCUGUCAUUGAGCUCACUGGGAUAAUACGUGUACCAUUUAUCGCUAAAACAAGAUUUACUGAUGGAAGCAGAUCCCGAAACUAAUAAUAUGGCGACGGAGGAAGAACAGAGAAGACAAUUAAGCGACUAUCCAGGUUUAAUGACGGCGAACGAACCUUUGGCCGCUAAAUCAGCGUUCAGCUACGUCCCAACAGUUCGGGACGAACCACCGGAACGAACGGUUUUCAAUAGCGUUGCACAGCCACGGUCCAAUUCUACGUAUGACAGAUUAUUUCACUGGACCGAUACUUACAAUAACAAAUUGCAUCGUUGUGAUCGAGAGCAUGCUAAAUCCAGAGGAUUGCAAGUCAAUGAUGAAGAGAGAUACAAGGAAGUACCAACUCUGGCGUCAUCAGAAUAUGGACAUCGACUGGAACAGUUUUUGGACCCUCCUGAUAGGUUGCAUGUCAGGAUAGGACAUGUUAAAUCAGAGUUUUAUAGAAAAAAUGGUGUAAAUAUUGAUGGAAAUACAGAAGGAAUGUGAAAAAUAACAAUUUCUUUAUUUAUUGGAUUACAUGCUCAUUUUUGGUGACUACUGGGAUAGAACAUCCUUAUUGGUUACUAUAGCAACUAAACUUGAAUAAUUUUAUGUCAACUAUGAUGUUGGUUUAAGUGUUUGAUGACUACUGGCAGUUGCUAUAGUGAUGGGUCACAGAACAAAGACGUUUUGUGGUUUGCGGCAGCAACUUCCCCCCCCCAAAAAAAAUAUUUGCACAUUUUGCAAUACAUUUAAUGGUUUUGGAUAUUACCAUGCAAUAUCUUUUCUGAUUUUUGUAGUGGAAAGGUUUGUUCGAAUUAAUGAGCAUCAUAAUGCACCAUGUGAUAGUUUCAGGCAUGCUUUCCUAUGAAUAGUUUUAUCAUAAACUGUAUAAGUUGUGUAGGUAAAUGUAUUUAAUUGCAUUAAGCGACUACGGUAGCUGGAUUUGUGAUAAAAUGGUCACAAUGUUUCCUAACAAGAGUGAUGAAAAAAAACUUUCUCACAAAUGUGAAUACUAGCAUGUCACAAACAUUUGGUUUGAACAGAACAGAAGGGGAAGGUCUAUAUUCCUCAGUUUUUGAUGUUAAAUGUAGUAUUGUAAUUAUUUGUACAAUAAACUGAUUUAUUAGUUUCUACCAUGCUCCCUUUGAAUAGCGCCCUCUAUCAACUAACAAGUGCCAUAGACUUUUUAUGUAAAUUAGUUUUAAUAAUAAAAGACAUUAUGA